UUGGAAACGUGACAUUGAGAAUGAUCUGAAAUUGACUACAUUCAUUGUUGCUAGUCAUUAAAUACAUUUCCCUGUAGAUAGUACAUUAAUAAUAUGCGAUGUUAACGUAAAGAAUUAAAUUGUUGUAAGUGAAGUCGAAUUAGUAACGUAAUGCAGAACAAACAUAACCUCACUGGUACCAUUCGUAUCCAUCGAAAUUCAAUGAAUAGUUGUUGUUAACAUUAUAUCGAAUUUAAUAAGUGAUUACCUGCUUUUAAAGAAAUAUAAUAAUGUUAUCUGGCGUACAUGGCAGUAUUUUUUAAGUGCAUGUUAUCCGACUAAGAAGGAUACGUAAACACCCGCCGCCUUCUUUUGUGAUAACUAGGUAACAAUGGGUUCAUUGGAAUUAAAUCAACGCCUAGUUGGUCACAAAGGCAGGGUGUGGUGUGUUUGUUGGAAUCCUCGUGGCACUUGUGUAGCCUCUUGUGGGGAAGAUAAAACAAUUAGAAUUUGGGCACCGGAAGGGCCAAAGUGGGCAAUGAAAACGAUACUUACCGAAGGACACACAAGAACAAUAAGGGAAAUUGCAUGGUCCCCUUGCGCGAAUUAUAUAGCCUCAGCAAGUUUUGAUGCGACAACAGCUAUAUGGGAGAAAGAAGGGGCACAGUUUGAAUGCAACGCGACUUUAGAAGGACACGAGAAUGAAGUCAAAAGUGUUAGUUGGGCUAAAAGCGGUCAGCUAUUGGCAACGUGUAGCCGAGAUAAGUCGGUUUGGGUAUGGGAGGUUUCAGAUGGUGAAUAUGAGUGUGCUGCCGUAAUAAACGCACAUACACAAGAUGUAAAAAAAGUAAGAUGGCAUCCUCAAGGUGAAAUAUUAGCCUCUGCUAGUUACGAUAAUACGGUAAAGAUAUUUAAAGAGGAUGCUGCGGAUAGUGAUUGGUCCUGCAUAGCUACUUUGGAUUCGCAUACGUCAACUGUAUGGAGCUUGUCAUUCAAUGCUACUGGAGAUAGACUAGCUACCUGCAGUGACGAUCAAACCGUUAAAAUAUGGCAAGAAUAUAAACCUGGAAAUCAAGCUGGAAUUGCAACUCCAAAUAAUGAAUCAGUUUGGAAAUGUGUUUGCACGCUGUCAGGCUACCACACGAGAACUAUUUACGAUAUUGAUUGGUGCAAGUUAACCGGUUUGAUAGUGACUGCUUGUGGCGACGAUAUUAUUAGAAUAUUCAAGGAAGAAGAAAAUUCUGAUCCAAAUCAGCCUGCAUUCAACAUGGUCUGCGCAAUGGAUAAUGCACAUUCUCAAGACGUGAAUUCCGUACAAUGGAAUCCAAUAGUACCCGGGCAACUUGCAUCAGGCAGUGAUGAUGGACUUGUGAAAAUCUGGACUUAUAAAGAAUAAAUUGUUAUUCAUACCAUUUCAUAUGUUGUUGAAAUAUACAUCUUUUUAGUUCGUACAGUUUA